AUGUUACUCAUCUCUCUCUCUUUCUCUCUCUCCUUCCUUCCUCCCCCAUCUCUCUCCUCCCCUUCCCCUUCACAUCUCUCUUUCUCUCUCUUCACAUCUCUCUUUCUCUCUCUUCACAUCUCUUUUCUCUCUCUCUUCAUCUCUCUUUCUCUCUCUUCUCUCUCUCUUUCUCUUCUCUCUUCAUCUCUUUUCUCUCUCUCUCUCUCUUUCUCUCUCUCUUCAUCUCUCUUUCUCUCUCUCUCUUCAUCUCUCUUUCUCUCUCUCUCUUCACAUCUCCUUUCUCUCUCUCUCUCUCUCUUUCUCUCUCUCUCUUCAUCUCUCUUUCUCUCUCUCUCUCUCUUCACAUCUCUCUUUCUCUCUCUCUCUUCACAUCUCUUUCUCUCUCUCUCUUCAUCUCUCUUUCUCUCUCUCUCUCUCUUUCUCUCUCUCUCUUCAUCUCUCUCUCUCUCUCUCAUCUCUCUUUUCUCUCUAUCUCUUCACAUCUCUCUUUCUCUCUCUCUCUUCACAUCUCUCUUUCUCUCUCUCUUCACAUCUCUCUUUCUCUCUCUCUUCACAUCUCUCUUUUCUCUCUCUCUUUCACACUCUCUCUCUCACAUCUCUUUCUCUCUCUCUUUCACAUCUCUCUUUCUCUCUCUUCACACAUCUCUCUCUCUCUUCACAUCUCUCUUUCUCUCUCUCUCUUCACAUCUCUCUUUCUCUCUCUCUCUUCACAUCUCUCUUUCUCUCUCUCUCUUCACAUCUCUCUUUCUCUCUCUCUCUUCACAUCUCUCUUUCUCUCUCUCUCUUCACAUCUCUCUUUCUCUCUCUCUCUUCACAUCUCUCUUUCUCUCUCUCUUCACAUCAGCACUAUCACACACACUAUUUCUCUCCUUCCCUACAAAUUCAGAUCUUGGAUCAAGCUUCUUUCUUUUUUUUUUUCUUUUUCUUUCUUUUUCUUUCUUUUUUCUUUUUUUUUCUUUUUUUUCUUUUCUUUUUUCUUUCUUUUUUUUUCUUUUUUUUCUUUUUUUUUUUCUUUCCUUUCUUUUUUUCUUUUUCUUUUUCCUUUCUUUUUUUUUUUCCUUUCUUUUUUUUCUUUUUUUCUUUUUUUUUUUUUUCUUUUUUUUUUUCUUUUCUUUCUUUCCUUUCUUUUUUUUUUUCCUUUCUUUUUCUUUUUUUUUCUUUUUCCUUUCUUUUUUUCUUUUCUUUCUUUUUUUCUUUUUCCUUUCUUUUUUUUUCUUUUUUUUUUCCCUUUCUUUUUUCUUUUCCUUUUUUUUUCUUUUUCCUUUCUUUUUUUUUUUUCCUUUCUUUUUUUCUUUUUCCUUUUUUUUUUCUUUUCCCCCCCCUGUACUUACCUUCUCACACACACUCUCUCAGCCUUCUCACACACACUCUCUCAGCCUUCUCACACACUCUCUCAGCCUUCUCACACACUCUCAGCCUUCUCCACACACACUCUCUCAGCCUUCUCACACACACCUCUCUCAGCCUUCUCACACACACUCUCUCAGCCUUCUCACACACACUCUCUCAGCCUUCUCACACACACUCUCUCAGCCUUCUCACACACACUCUCUCAGCCUUCUCACACACACUCUCUCAGCCUUCUCACACACACUCUCAGCCUUCUCACACACUCUCUCAGCCUUCACACACACUCUCAGCCUUCUCACACACUCUCUCAGCCUUCUCACACACACUCUCUCAGCCUUCUCACACACUCUCUCAGCCCCUCACACACACUCUCAGCCCCCUCUCUCUCCCCUCUCUCUCAUCCCCCUUUCUCUCUCCCCCCCCCUCUCUCUCAUCCCCCUCUCUCUCUCAUCCCCCCUCUUUCUCUCUCAUCCCCCCUCUCGGACCCUCUCUUGA